AUUUGCAAGGGAAUCAUCCCCUUUUCUAAACCAAAUUAUGUUGUCUGCAGAACCAGGUUUCCAAUCUACCACAAAAACCAGCCAACAACUUUGAUGACCCAAGUCUUUAUCAUUCCAUCCAACAGGGCAACACUUCUCUCUUUCUCUCUACAUGGCUUGUCUGGUUGAGUCCUCCACAGUUGAAACCAGUGAUGGCAUCAAGCUCCAUACAAGGGUCUUCAAACCAAGGGAGGAGAUCAAGGACAACUUGGUGGUUGUUCUGGUGCAUCCUUACUCAGUCUUGGGUGGUUGUCAGGCCCUUUUGAAGGGGAUUGCUCUUGGGUUAGCAGAAAAAGGCUACAGAGCUGUGACCUUUGACAUGAGAGGCGCCGGAAGAUCCACAGGAAGGCCUUCUCUUACUGGGUUUUCAGAAAUCAAGGAUGUGGUUGCUGUCUGCAAAUGGGUCUGUGACAAUCUUUCUUCUGAUAGGAUCUUGUUGGUGGGUUCUUCUGCAGGAGCACCUAUUGCAGGAUCCGCGGUAAAUCAGAUUGAACAAGUGGUGGGCUAUGUGAGUCUGGGGUACCCAUUCGGCUUGAUGGCCUCGAUCCUCUUUGGCCGCCACCACAAAGCCAUCCUGCAGUUCCCGAAACCUAAACUCUUUGUCAUGGGGACUCAGGAUGGGUUCACCAGCGUUAAGCAGCUGAGGAACAAGCUGAGCUCUGCAGCAGGCCAUGUUGAGACCCACCUUAUCGAAGGAGCAGGCCACUUCCAAAUGGAAGGGCCAGCUUAUGAUGCCCAGAUGGCAGAUAAGAUCACAGAAUUCAUCCCCAAACUGUAGGAACUUCUGUUAGCUCGCGGCUCACUACUCAUUGCUCCAUUCUUUGUAUGUAGAUGCUGUCUUUUCAUUCUUCUGGUUCCUUCAUUUGCAGCAAACUGGACCGGUUCAUUCCUUCCAUCACCUUUGCCCGAGUACCUGUAAAAUGUAAAGCUGUCACAUUGUAACCGGCUUUAACCAGAUACCAAAUGGUUACUGCCAUAUUAUAUAAACCCUAGAACAUGAUGCAUCGAGUAGAAAGGCAACCACGGAAAAACUAGAAAGACUGGCAAACAUAUUGAGAACAA